AUGUCGUACAGCACAACUGCCAAUGAACCAACCAGCCCAACAAUUCACGAUAUUUUCGAACCAACAUCUGGUACAUGGCAAUAUAUAAUUGUUGAUCCGACAACCCUAAAGUCCGUCAUCAUCGACCCGGUUUUGAAUUUCGAUCCCGCCACCCAAGCUAUAACGACCCAUUCAGCGGAUUCUUUACUUUCCUUCAUCAAAGAAAAGAAUUACAAAAUAGACAAAAUCCUGGAAACGCACGCCCACGCAGAUCAUCUGAGUGCAGCGGCAUAUCUGCAAACCCAUCUCCAGGAUCAAAAUCACAAACCACCCAUUUGCAUCGGAAAGCGUAUCGAACAAGUUCAAACGCUAUUUGCGAGGAGAUACGGCGUUCCCAAAAAUGAAUACCGACAGGUUUUUGACAGAUUAUUUGAGGAUGAUGAAGUCUUCACUAUUGGAAACAUCACGGCAAAAGCGAUCCAUCUACCCGGCCACACACCAGAUCAUCUCGGAUACAUGAUCGGAGACAACCUCUUCUGCGGCGACUCCCUUUUCCACGCUGAUAUUGGCACAGCGCGGUGCGACUUCCCAGGUGGCGACGCGAAAGAUCUUUUCCAGUCCGGUCGCAAACUUCUGAGUCUCCCGGGCCAUGUCAAAAUAUGGACAGGUCAUGAUUAUCCGCCCGAGGGCCGGGAUCAGCCUGUGCCUUGGAUGAGUGUCCAAGAGCACAGGAAGCUAAAUAAACAUCUCAAAGAUGGAAUCAGUGAGGAGCAGUUUGUGGCUUUGCGACGGGAGCGUGACGCCGGGCUCGCGGCCCCGAAAUUGCUGCAUCAAUCUUUGCAGAUUAACAUUCGUGCUGGGAGGCUUCCGCAGCCUACGGAUGCUGGGUUGAGGCUUUUGCAUGUUCCUUUGAAGAUUGGGACUGAUGGGUGGUAG